AUUCUUUUAUUGAUAAUGAUGACGAUGGAAAAGUAGGCGAUUCAGGUCAAUCAAUUAUCAAAUCUUUCAUUACACUAAUCAUAAGACGAAAUCCAAAAAAAUUUGUCAUUAAUGUCAUUUUCACCGGAGUGCAAUGAUUCACCGUUAAGUGUAAAUAAUUUGACUAGUAGUACCUGUUCAAAAGCGUUAUCAUCAUCAGCACUUAAUCAAUUACCAACUGGCUCAAAGCCGAUCCCACAUGCAUUUCUAAAAGAGAUCAUGGUUGAAUUAAAUGAAGAUUUUUGGAAAUUUCAACUAUUCGACAUUAUCUUGGAGAGAGGUUCAGACGGUUUUGGUAUUUUCAUCGUUAAUUUGAGUCCAAACAAUGAACCUGGUGUGUUCGUUAGCGAAAUCCGUCCAAACAGCCCAGCAUCACAACAAGGAGUUCUUAGACCUCAUGAUCGUAUACUAGCUAUUGAUGGUCAACUUCAAUGUGAUUAUGAAAGUACACUGGAAUUGUUGCAAAAAUCAAGAAAAUCUGUACGUCUAACCAUCGGUAGACAAAUACCUUAUCACAGUGACUCACGACAAAUUCAACAAAUUGGACAUGUAACUACAACAGUGGAUAAUCCAGACAAUGAUAUGAAACAUAAAUUACCCAUUAUACCUGGGAUUCCUGCUACAGUUACUCUGUACAAGACUGACGGAGGUCUUGGAUUCUCCAUUGUCGGUGGAAGUGAUACAGUUUUGAGUAAUAUUUUGGUCCAUGAAGUACACUCAACUCAAAUGUUUUCAGUUUGA